GCAGUAGGUAAGGGCAGAGCGAGGAGCGUGUGCGCGGUGGAUGGAGUGCGAGCAUGAGUAGGACGUGGGUCGUCGUGUGUCGCUGCAGAGGGCCGAGAGAGCGUGUCUCCUGCGGAACACAGUUGGCACGGACCGUCAAGAUGUAAGCUGACGGGCAGAGAACGCGUGUGUGACGGUACGCCGCUGGCCCAGGCCGAGAGAACGUGCCACGAGGAAGAAGAAGAAGAAGAAGAACAGGGAGAGAUACGAUCUGAAACGGGCCGAUCCGGGAGGAUGAAGUAGAGCGGGAACCAGGGAUCGAUUGCUUCCCGAUUGUUGGCAUGGAGGACACGACACUGGGCAUCAUCGAGGGCUGAGCUAUCGAAAAAUAUGGCGUCAGGAAUACCGAGCGUACAUCAGAGGAAGCUUGGACCAGCGCCGAUAGCAUCCUUCGAAGACCUGUCCGACGAGGUGGAAAACGGGGAACCGGCUGCGCGAAUGCCAGGCAUCGUCGAGGUCACCACGCCGGCAACGCCUGGUAGUUCGCUUAAGACACCCAGCACGCCGAGAAUUGACAUCAGCAGGGCGAGCAGUUCCUCCCACCAUGAGGACAGUAACUCCAGGGACUCUACGCCCGAGAGGGAACUCCUUGCAGGCGGAGAGCCUCCACCUGGGUGCAAGCUGACUCUGGGCUACAAAGAGGACGCCCAGGAUCUAAGAUCGUCGACGGAGGAGCUCGACUUGCAAGAUCCCAUUCACGAGCAAGAUCUGAAAAGAGAAUCGAAGAAACUGGCGAAGAGGCGAAAGGAGGAUGGCUCCAUGUCCGAUUAUAGCGGCAAACAAUUAGACAGAGAAAGGAAGGACAGCAAUUGCUCGGAAAUCGUCCUGCUAAACAUCAGUGGAAGAACGUCUAGACUCUCCUCCGUGGGUAGCCAAGGUUCAGGAGCCUCUGGCAAACUUUCCGUUGUCUCUGCCACGUCGUCCAGGUCGCCGAGUCCGCACAAAUGUUUACUGGAAACGUCGUUCUGCGGAAGCAAACCUACACUGGCAGACAACUUGAUAGAACCGUCGAAACCAGAGACCGACGACCUGGAGAAGAUCCUGCUGAAGCGUGAAGCAGACACGACGAAAGCACUGAUUCCAGACAGCAUAAAGGUAUCGAUGGUAGAUGGAAACUUGAAACCAGAUCCCCUGGAUAAACCUAGGAGACGAGGGCGAGAAGAGAGGAAGGAGAUCUUCAAGAGAGAAGUGGAGAUCACGAAAAGAUUCUUGGAGAAGGUUAACAUACAGGUACCAGUGGCGAAGAAGUCAGGUGAAUCGCCAAGUACAACGACGUCGCAGCAGCAGUCGGCGAGAAGUCAAGCGCAAGAGGUACAAAAGCCAGCGACCUUAGACUUCAACGACAAGAGGAAAAAAGCGCAGAACUUCAAAGAAAUCGUACAGACCACUCCAACAACGAGCAGCGUGACCGGUAGUCCGAAGCUACCAAGGCAUCAGAAAGUCCGCGAUCUGGAAGGUUCGCGUACACCCAGUCCCUCUUCCGUUUCCAGGAAGAGCAGUUUCGCCUCUCUGUUUAAGGCCCGUACAGACAGCAGUGUGUUGAGCCCAGAAUCGCCGUCUCCGAGCACGAAACCACGUCGUAGCCUCACCUCGAAGAUCAAGGACACCACGGAGAGUCUGCGUAGCAGAUCGAAAUCGCGCGAGCGAGUAACCUUGGACAAAGGGUCUGGCAGUUUGAAAAAGGACUCGAAGAACAAGGGCGUGUUCUCCUCGACGUUGAGUCUGUUCAAGAAACGCGAGAGAAAGAAGAGUUAUGACGAGGCGAUAGCGGCAUCCUGUGGCACGGAGUUGGAUAGUUCCGGAGGACACCCGUCCUUAGAAAGCAUAGGCCACGUGGAGUUUCGUUUUAACGCUGAAAAGGAGAGUCGCAAGGACGACUCGAUCUUCAUAAGCCUGCACGCGGAUGACAGGAACUACGAGGAGGCUCUGCCUUCGGAGAGCGUGUCGAUACCACUGGAAACGCCUACCAAGCUGCUGGACGAGUACGAAUCGGAGCCUCGAACUGGAAGCAUCGUAACGGAAGUGUCGAUAGAGCAUUAUCCACCCACGACGAGGAUAAAGACCGAAGCUUUGAUCGAAACUACGUCGAGGCCGUACUCGCGGGACAGCCAGACCAGCCAGAUCAUACCGCAGAGCAGUUCGAAGGAUUCUGAGAUCUCGAGGAGCUCCUCGAAGGACUCGAAGCUGAGUAAUCACGGGAAAACCAGCGAAACCGUUGUGAGAUCGUCGUCGUCCAUCGAUAGCAAACCUCCUGCGGACCAUCGAAUAUCCAGCAGUUCGUCGAAGGACUCGAUAGGAAAGAAGGAAGCUACGAAGCCGAAAAGGAAAAGCAAAGAGCUGCAACAACCUGUCGAACCAGCCGAGAUAGUCGAGGAAGAUGUUUCAAGGCAGAAACAGAAACAAGUUGAAACUAGGGAACACGCGCCGGUUAAAACGAUGGAAAAGAGGCCAGACUUGUUGGAUGACGGAACGAAGACUGCGGAUGGACUGGUGAAGACACCAAGCGUGAUCUCUGAUCUGGAUCAUAAUAGUUCGGAGUCGGAGAGAGACUCGGAGAUCGAGUUUGUUAGGAACAAGGUGGAGAAACUUGCCGAGGAAUUGCCUGACGAGAGGAAGGGACUGUUCUACGAGGAGAGCUUCGAAGAGGAUCUUCCUUACGUACCCACCACCUUACCCCUGGAGAAAAGCGUGGCUGUGCCGAUCCUGCCUGUGAAACAACGACUUCAAGAAGUAAGAACGAUACCAAUCGAGAGGCCGCGUUCAACGACGCCGAUAAACCCGACGCUGCUCGACGAGUUUGUGAUGCAGACGUCCCUCGACGAGCGUCGUGUUGAGAAGAUGAAGAUAUCAUUGCCGCGAGAAGAUAGCUUUAAAUUGAAAAGUCCGCGGAAGCACGCGGCCAACACGUUUAUGGAAUUCGCAGGCAAAGUGCCUGACGGGGGACGGAAGAGCGCAGGUAAAUCGCCGAGUCCUCCUCCACUGCCACCGAGGGCCACUGCUAGGCCGAGCAACUGGAUCAACUUCGAGGAGAUACCCGAGAAGAGGAAAGCGCCGAAAAGGAUCCAGACGAUUCCUCGACCUGAGGACGAGGUGAAAUCGGGUGGAUAUAGCUACGUUCAACCGGAGGAAUGCAGGUGCGAGUGCCAUGAAGAAUCUCGAAGGGCGUCGAUGAAGGAAGCGUCCACGACAAGGACUUCUUCCUCUUGCAGCAGCAACGGAGAACGUCCUUGUAACGGUGACAAUUGUACGGUGCCUACGUCGACGUCCAUGGACCGUGCCAGUAUCGUCAGGUCUGUUUCUGUAUUUUCAGUGACAGCUCGCUGGAGUGUAGCCUGAGCAUCGAGGAGAACACGACGCAACCGUUGUUCACGUGCUUGACGAAGCCGUUCAGCAUGGAUCUGGACGUUAGGUCGAAUCGGUCCAGUAUCGUAUCCCAGGACGAGACUGACGAGACCCUGCACCAAUAAUAGUUUUUUUCACGGCACGCCUCGCCUUAUUAUCCUCCUGUUCAAACAAAAACAAACAAAAAAAAAAAAGUGAAAUUAUCUCCUUGUUGGAACUGUUCUCGAGCCGAGUUCUCGUUCCUCCUUUCGCCGAUCCACUUGAAAUGAAUCGCGUCGUUUAUCUUUAUAACGAAUCAACUCUGCUCGCUCUUUCUCUCUCUCUCUUUUUCUUUCCUUCUGUGGAACGCUUUUUUAUCGAACUCAUUCUCCUCGCAAAAUCGCAAACGUCUCACAAUUCUCUGGUAUGUGUCAAUUCCAAUAACGGAGUUCUAUGCUCGUUUCAUUGCGGCAACAUCUCGUAUAAGUUACACGCGUGUAUCGACUUUGAAGCUACGCGUACUCACUGAGACGGAUCAAGAGAAGAUACGAAUCGGAUUCCAAGCGACAGAGUCGUUCGUUGUACGAUAGACGUCGCGUGUAACGCGUUUCAAAGUGUCUGUACGUUUCGUAACGCGUGAUUUUACGAAGGAUGUAAGCGAAGAUCGAUAUGUACAUGUGCACUCCCGUUCAUAAGUGUUCGGACGCCUGCUGGUUUUAUGCGAAACGGAUCAGUUAGCGACCAUUAGUCUAUAUUGUUAAGAAAACGAUGAAAUCGGUUGGAAUUUUUCUACGAGUUCCGAUACUGACUUAAGAAUGGGAGUGUAUAUCGUUGAAAUUUCCCUCGACUUUUCUCGUCGUUGGCUACGAGUCAAGGCUAUCCUGUACUUGUUUCUUCGAGGUUGAACACGGUCGAACAUCGAACGUCAUUGCUGUUUAACGGCGCUUCGUAGUCGAUUUUACGAAAAACGCGUCACGGAAACGCUCCGCCGCAUUUCUCGCUAUAUCGUUUAACAUACACACAUACAUAUACACGAGAAUACAUAUACACACUUGUACAUACCUUGUAACGGUCAUUCGUUCGAGAAACGUUUUUAGUCUAAUUGCGUACCUUCCACGAGAACUCGUUCGUUCCUUCGUUACUAGAUUCGCGUAUUAUACCUUGGAAACGAGGGCAAAGGCAUGCUUGCUGAUGCGCGCGUGUUGACCAAAUGCUUCCUCACGACAGACAAGAACGUGGUUCUUGGAGAUCUAUUCGCGAACAGUGACUUUGAAAAGGCAUUUUUGAUCGUCGAAGCUCCUCGAGGUCCUUCGUCGCGCUCGAAAUUCAAAGUAGUCGAUAUCUACCAGCUUAGACGCUGGAGAAAUAAUUAGCAGGCUGCAGAUCUGCCUGAAAGCUAAAUUAAGCUACGUCAUGUUACGUUCAGUUUAAAGAUAUUUCCUUCGAUACGUACACUACCGAAACUGCGACUUGAUCGAAAGAUUUCUAUUUAUAACUUGUACUUUCGAAGCUGAGAUAAAAUAACUACCCUGUAUGAUUUAUUCGCUGCUUCUUGCGAUGAUUACAUUUAGACUAAAGCAAAGAGUACUCCCGCAAUGCUCUAAUAGCCGAACGUAUUUUCGAUGAAUAACAUUUCGUAAGAUCUGUCCAAAGUUGUAGAAACAUCAUCUAUUAAUAUUAUUAACAUCUAUUAACAUGACUCUGAAACGAUAGAGAACACAAUAUUGGGCUUAUGCAGACAGAUUGAAACAUUUAAAGUCGCUGUACGAAACUAAUUUUUAUUCAGCUACAGUUACACGACUCUUUUAUUUAUUUAUUUAACGGGGAACAACCAAUAUUAACUAUCUUUGUUAAUAUGUACUGUAUAUGUACUACAAUGUAUAUCGUAUAUGAUCGCUGCAGAUAAGAUUAGCCAAAAUUAGAUCAAAGAGUUCUAUUUGAAAUCUGUAUAAGUAUUGUAUAUCCACGUGCAGUAACGUGAAAGUGUCCAGCAAAUAUUAUACUCUUGGACAGUAAUAUACGUAUCGAAGCGAAUACUUUUGAAUUGAACAUAGCGCAGCUUAAGCCCGUUUUUCGAUGGAUCUCCGGCCGAAAGCUAGUUUCACGAUCGCAUUUAGAUCACCGUGAAAGCACAGGGGACCUCGAAGCUCGAAUCACCAACGCGUGUUCUCGAAUAUCAUCGGCCAACUUCGUCGUAACGAGCCCCGCAACGUUUUGUACACCGAACAGAGAUAGUCGGAAGAGUAUUAUUUUGUCGAUUGCGUGGCGUUGACAGUGGGGAUCUCGUGCCACGAAGCAAGCUUACUUCGAUGCUUCAUCAUAUCAUGUAGAUAGACCUAGGUCUGUAAGUACCUCCGCAGGUGUAGACAAUUACAAGAAUAUCGUGAAACGUUCGAACAGCGAGCGAUUGUUCUUAUCGCGAUUCUCUCGACUUUCGUGUACACGACGUAUUCUAUUGAAACUGAAUGCGACUGACAGUCUGCGGAUUUUCACGCGUUUAUAGGAAAUUCGAAAGCGCAACAUUGCACAAUGUACGUGUAACGUGGAGACAUACACAGAAUAUGCAAAAAUACGGUGCUCCGUAUGUUACAAUGCUGGAUGAAACAAUUUUCUACCUGGAUUCUAUUUUCCUAAUUAUAUUCCGGGAAAUGUGAAUCUCCGCGUAAAGAUCCGCGAUGAUCGAUCGUACACGAGAAUCGAAGGAAACGAACGUUCGGACAAUUUCAUCGGACGCAUAUGAUGCGUCCAUUAUCGAUAGAUCGUUCUAUCAGUAUUAAGACGAACGUGAUUGUGAUCGCAUUUAUGCGUGUGCGUGUGUGAUAAACGCGUGUGCAUUCGCAUCGAUGCACCCUGUGGUGCAUAUCAUUU